GGCAUAGUUCCAAUUGUUACAUUCUUUGAGAAUUGUUACUUGAUGAUAUUGCCACAAUUUCUCCAAUCUCAUCGAAAACUGUUUGUAACAUUUGGAAAUACUUCGCGACCCAUUUUGUAUAGGUUCCCAACAAGGAAGCACUGUUCUAUACUGUCUGUGUUUAAACUGAGCUUGUCAGUAAAUAGGUUGUUUUUUCUCUCAUAGUCAUUGUUAAUUUGUAGUUGUACUUUCAUCAUGUAUAUAGGUGGUAGGUGGAUGUAAUAUACUUUGGCAGUAAGCUUUUUCAAUAAACUUGCCUGUACAAUGACUACAAGUAACUGAAUUUAUGUGAAUUUGGACAAUCGGAAAGGGCUCAUGUUUUUAAAUUUAUUGUCCUUGUGUAUGUGAUUCAAUACAUACAUACUUCCUUUAGGUCAUUAGUGACUAAUACCAAGUUUUUUUUUAUCUUUGUUUCUACAUAACCAUAUUUUAUUAUGCUGAUCCAUUUUCAGCUAUUGGGAUUGCUGCAAUUUAAUAUCCAUUGUUACAUCAUAGGAAGCAUUGUUUAGUUGCAAUUAGGUAUUUUAUUUAAGAUAUAGCAAUUUUGAAAAUUCCAUUAUUAUUUUGAUUUCGUGUAGUCAGAUUCUGGAUAUUAAGCACUGAUGUGUACUAAUUAGUUAUGUUUUUUUUGAUAUUUUUAACUCUGGAAAUAGUAGGAAAUUGUUUAAGAUCAUUUUGUUAGUAUUAUGGGUUCUGAACAACGGAUACAGUGAUGUUAGAGUUAACUUGGGAUUAUAUAAAACCAUGCAAUAUGCAGAAUUCAGAAAUAGAAGGUGUAGGAUGUCUCGAGAUCAAGAUAACCAUUUAAAUAAUGAAGACAGAAACGCCAGUUUUUCUGAUCUUUUUAAUGAAUUAUGGAUAGAUGUGAAAUCUAAUGUUCAAGCUAAAUCAAGCCGGAAAUCUUCUGAAUCAUCUUCAUCUACUGCUGAAAGCGAGACAAAACAAAAAGUUGCGCUGUUAGAUUUUAGCAAAUGGCGUGUUGUAUCUCAUUUUCAACUUCCAGAUUGGCAGAGAGACAAUGAAUUUCUACACCAUUGGCACAGACCGCCCAUGCCAUCCUUUCGAGCAUGCUUUGGAUCAGUAUUCAGACUUCAUUCAGAAACUGGAAACAUUUGGACACAUUUAAUAGGUUUUAUUAUGUUCAUUGGAAUUUGUAUCUAUUUUCAAUGUCUACCUGGAAAAUAUUUUGUCAUUGAAUGGCAAGAGAAAACAGUAUUCACAAUGUUUUUUCUCGGAGCAAUCUUAUGUCUGUGCUUCUCGACACUAUUUCAUACUGUUGGUUGCCAUAGCGAACGAGUGUAUAGAAUAUUUGGGAAACUUGAUUAUUCUGGGAUUGCAUUGAUGAUUAUGGGAUCAUUUGUACCAUGGAUUUAUUAUUCAUUCUAUUGUGACACAGAACCAAAGAUAAUAUACAUGACAUCUGUUUGUGUUCUUGGUGUAUUAUGUAUUGUGAUUUCACAAUGGGAUAAAUUCAGCACAGCUAGAUUCAGGAGAGUCAGAGCAGUAUUGUUUGCUGCUCUGGGAUUGAGCGGAAUUGUACCAUGUAUACACACUAUUAUUAAGAUGGGAUUUAUGCAAGCUGUCAAUUAUGGACAAGUAGGAUGGCUGUCUCUAAUGGCUUUCUUGUAUUUAUUCGGUGCCUUUCUCUAUGCACAGCGAAUUCCUGAAAAGUAUUUUCCAGGAAAAUGUGAUUUGUGGUUUCAAAGUCAUCAAAUAUUCCACAUUCUUGUUGUAUUGGCUGCUGUUGUACAUUUUCAUGGAAUAUCGAAUCUUCAACAUUAUCGAUUCCAAUUUGGAGAUCAGUGCGUUAUCACUCAACAAUAAUUUUUUGAAGCAAACAUCUGCCAAUCAAAGCGUCGUUGAUUUAUUUCUCAUGUCAAGAAUUAGUUUUCAGUGUCAAAAUGUUUUGGCAUGUUUAAAUAAUUUAUAAUGUAUUAUUUUUCAAAUUGAAUGCGACCUUGUCAGACCAAGUAAUAUUUUUCAAUAGGUCUCACAUAGUCCCAUCCAAUUUACAUGGCCAUUGUGAUUAUAUUCGACAUGAAAUGGUAUAACAAUUUCAUUAAUUAGUAUUAAAUUGUAAUUUUAUGUUCUUUUUUCUUUCAAAUCUAAUGCCUUGUUUCUACUUAGGUAAUUAUGAGAGAAUAAUUUUAUUAUAUUUAUGGAGACUUUAUGCAUGAUGCAUUUUAUGUAUAGACUAUCUUUUCAUUUGCUCUUAGUAACAAGUAUUUGGUCGUCAGUGAUCUUCAAGUAUACAUAAUUGUUCAGGGUGAACCAACAUGUGUACGGAGUAUUUCUGCCCAAAACAAAUGCAAUAUUGGCAAGCUAGUUAAUAGUUCCGAUAGCGUAAAGUUAUCAGUAUUAAUAUUAUCAAUAAGAUAUAAUUCAAAAGUUCGAGAUUUCAAAAGUUUUUGAUUUUCGUUUCUAGUUGUGCUUUUGGUUGAUUUUUAAAAAUAUUAUUGUUAAAAAGCAUGCCUAAAUUUGGAAGCCCACUAGGUCCUUUCGAGUAGAAAAUUUAAAUGUAAUUGGCGGUAAUAUAUAACUUUUUCAACUAGCACUUUGUCUCUUGGUGAUAUAUACUUCACAUUAUUGAUUUAAUUACAAUAAUUUUUCAUUUGAAUACUUACAUGGCUCAAUAUUUUUUAUGCCAUGUUUUUUUGAUGUUUUAACGAUUCAGGCUGGUCCUGUGAAGCAAAUUUACAAUUAUGAAGGACAUUGGAAUCAUAGUUAGAUGUGAUCGCAAAAUGAUAUCUAUUUUCUCUUACAUAAGAAUUCUGAUUUUGUUUUUAACCUUAAAUCUAAGUAAUGUAUUAUAUUAAGUAGUAGGGUUCAUAAUUUCUGUUUUUACUUAUGCUUAUACACAAAACAAAUUAUAUUGGUUGAUAAGGAAAACAGUUUUCAAUUCAACUUCUAUUAAGCAUAUAAUAUUUUCGAAAGCAUUUAAAAAAUUUCGAUUGAUUUAGGUUUUGCUUUACACUUACACAAAUGUUAAAAAAAAUGUGGCUUUCGUAAUAAGUUGACUUUACUAUGAUUAAAUUUGCGAUAAUCCGUUUCUUACUGGCACAAUCUUCCUUCCAUAUCAGAAAGGGAGGUCAAGGCUUUAAAAAUGAUAUAUGGUCAAUAUUGUAUUCAUAUUUGAGUGAAAAUUCUCACUUAUUCUGCUGUCUCAUUGUUGUAUAAGAACUAUGGUCGGCGAAGAUCCAUCAUUUUCUGAAUAUUCGGUUACUGCUGUCUCAGUUGAAACAGUGUUCAAUAAAUAACCUCGUACAGUA